CCUUCUCUCGCAUGGCUUACAAUACGGGGAGUAGGUGUUGCCACAUUCCCCAUAAACAUGGCCUUAUUUCGUCCAGACACGACAACCUAUUUCGCAUGCUCUAAGGCUGUAUGGUUCUUACAAAUGAUCUAAGAUUUAGCAUGUUUACGUCCGUUUUUGCACAUGCACGCCGCGAACUAUAGUCGGACCCUAGCAUGCCUCCGAAGGCAGUGCCAUUGGCAUUAGCUGGCCGCAAAUUAACAGGUCCACCAGAAGGCUAUGGAAAGGUUAAGGAGCAGCAGGUUAAGCAGUGGAUUUCGGGCCUACCUUCUGCGGACGAAUGGGAGCUACCAGAGGUCGCAUCCGUGGCGACCCUCGCCGAGGUUGAUGCUUCCCGGGAGGACCUGUACCGCAGCCUACGUGACAGCACGGAUGGCUACGGGCCUGUGCCCCCCGCUCCCGCCCGCCCAACCAGCGCCCGGGUCCCACCCGCCCUCCCAGAGCCGCCGAGGGCUGUGGUUGGGGUUACGCCGGCCCAGCAGCAGCAGCAGCCGGCGGGUAGUGGCGCCCGAGUAAUCGCCACAAGCAAGCAGCAGCAGCAGUCGGCGCCACAGCCUCCCUCAGCCCCGGCGGCCGCCGAGCAGCCGCCAGCCCGGCAAAGCCAGGACCGCACCCAGGUGCCGGCACAGACGCAGGGCCCCAGCGCUGCCCGCCAAAGCCAGCAGCAGCAGCAGCAGCCACCACCGCCCGGACCCAGGCAGCCCCUCGCCUCCUCCCUACCGUUGCCCGCACCAAGCCCCAACUCCAGCCCCAUAAAAGCCGCCAGCCAUGCUGCUGCUGCUGGGGCUACCACCACCGCAGCAGCGUCUGCCGCAGCAACACCUGCGGCAGCAGCAGCAGCAGCAGCUGCGACAGGUCCUGCUGCGGGUGCGGCGCACCCAGGCACAUCGUCGACACCAGCGGUGCUGCCAGCGCCCGCAGCUGCAGCAGCAGCCAGCAGUACCCAGCUGCAACCACAUUCCCAGCAACCCCCGGUGCAGGGGGGAGGUGCUGCUACUGCUACUGCUACUGCCACUGGCGGUGCCAGUGCACAGUCUGGAGCAGCAGCAGCAGCAGCAGCAGCCUCCAACGCCACCCAGCCUGCAGCCACAGCCAGGUCCGUUACUAUUACUGCUACAGCGGCUGCUGCCGCAGCCGCCGCGGCAGCCCCUCUACGAGCCUCAGCAGCAGGCGGUGCCGGUGCCGGCAAUGGCAGCGGUCGGAACAAUACCGGAUCCGCGGCGGCUACUGGAAAUGGAGCGGUGGAGGGACAGGGAGCAGCAGGGGUAGGUGUCUCUCCUGUAGGGGUACCGGCCGGGGCAGCAGCAGCAACAGCGGCGGCAGCAGCAGCUGGAGCGCCCUUGCGAGGAGCAGGCGCAGCCGGGCUGGCAGCAGGUGGCACAGCCCCUGUGAUGGGGACCAGCCGGGAGGUGAAUAGGAUCUUUGGGUGGCUGGAGGAGGAGGAGGAGAGGCUGCAGCAGCAGCAGCUGGCAGCGUCGCCGAGUGCGCGCAAAGCAGAGGAGAAGCACCGUCGAGCUCUGCAGCAGGCGCAGGAGGAGCAGCAGGCUGCCCUGCAGCGUGCGGCUGCUGCGGAGGCGGAGCUAGGUCGGGCGAGGGCGGAGGCGCUGGCAGCCCAGCAGGAGGCCAGGAGGCUGAAGCUGGAGUUGGAGGAGGGCGCUGAGGAACGCGACCAGCAGCUGGCGGCAGCGCAGGCGGAGCUGGCGGCGGCGACGGCGCAGCUGCGGGAGCAGGCGGCGCGGGCGGCACGGGAGAUCGACGCUGCUGCCUCCGAAACCGCCGCUGCCCGCGCUGCUGCCGCCUCCCUGCAGCGGGAGCUCGCACUGGCGCGCAGGCAGCACGAGCAGGACCGAGUGCGAUUGGAGGCCAAGGCUGCCUCGCUGCAGGCCUCCCUGGAGGAGGAGCGGCGGGCGGCGGCGGCAGCCAGGGCGGAGCGGGACAAGGCGGCGGCGGCGUUGCAGGCCGAGGUGGCAGCCCGCAAGGCGGCGGAGGAGUCCGAGCGGAAGGCGCUGCGGGCGGCAGCAAAGCAGGCUGAGAUCCAGGAGGCUUGUCAGGCCACGGCGGCCGCCGCGCAGGCAGCCAAGCAGCGGCUGGCGGCGGCAGCGCAGCGAGUGGCGGCGGUGCGGGCGGCCGACCCGGCGGCGGCGGCGCUGGAGGCGCUGGCGGCGGGGGCUGCAGCUGGGGGCGCUGGCGGACCGGGAGUGGCAGCCGGGUCACCCGGUGCUGUCCACGGCUCACCCGCCGCCCGGCCCACGUCAGCAGGAGGCAAGGCACUGCCAGGUGGGGGAUCACCAGGACAGCCACACAAGCAGCCGCCACAGCAGGGAGCUGAGCCCGGCGCCGCCGCUGCUGCUGCCAGCACCGCCACUGCUACAGCCGCUGCCGCUGCUGCCGCCGCUGCCGCCGCCGCUCGCGCCGACGGCCACCGCGCGCUCUCCCGUGUCGUGGCUGCUGAGCGGGCGCAGCUGGGGGAGCUGCUGCAGCAGCAGCGGCGCAACGCGGCAGCAGCGGAGCUGGCGGAUGCUAGGGUUGCCGAGGCGGCCCUAGCUGCGGCUCCGGAGCACCUGCGGGUGCUGGGGCUGGCCUUCCGCGCCUACCUCGUCACCGGCGCGGGGGGCGACUGGGAGGCGGCGGAGGAGCAGGAGGAGCAGCAGCAGCAGGAGGGCGGGGCGCUGCGUCAGGGAGGGGUGAACAGGAGGCCAGUGCAGAAGGGCAAGGCGGCGGGGGCGGCAGGGGUCAGUGCUGCCGCGGUGGCGGAGGUGGCGGGGGCCCUGGCUGCGGGGCUCAGCCGGGCGGGGUACCGGGUGUACUUGGACCCGGCGGGCGCGCAGCCCCGCUACGACCAGCCCUACGAGUCCCCCCCCUCCGCCCCGCUGGCGGGGCUGUCCGCGGCGGUGGUGGUGCUGGCACGGCCCGGACUCCUGCGCAGCCGCAUGGCCAGGGCCGAGCUAGCUGCCGCCGCCCGCCACGGCUGCCAGCUGGUGCUGCUGGCGCCCCCGGGGCUCAGCUGCGAGGAAGCAGCGGCAGCGGGGGAGGUGGGGGCUGCCGCUGCCGACCCCACCGUACAGCAGCAGCUUGAGAUGGCCCGCGAGGCUCUUCGCUCCGCCUGGCCCACCCGACUGCCCCUGCCCUCCGUCCCCGCCUCCUCCUCCUCCUCGCCACCCCCCUCCUCCUCCGCCGCCUCCACAUCCACCGCCACCGUGGCAGCAGUCGCCGCCCGCCUGGGCCUCACAGACCCCCAACUGGCGCUCCUGCCGCCGCGGGCGUUACAGCCGCUCGCGCUGUCCAGGACGCGCGUCAUGCCUGACCUACGCUUCCUCAACGCGCCGCAGCCGCAGCAGUUGCUGAUGCCUCUGUCACAACCCAACGCGGCGGCGGGAGGAAGCGGCGUCGCGUUCGGUAGCAGCGUUGGCGGUAGUGGUGGUGCGGGAGGUCUGGGUGCGGGUGGUGGUGCGGUGGUGGGGUUGCAGCACCUGAAGCUGGGGGGUUCAGCAGCAGCAGCAGGCGGAGGAGGGGGCGGAGGUGGAGGCGGGUGGGAGGCGCUUGCGGAGGUGCUGUGUGCGGUGUUGCGAGGCAACACCUCCCUCACGGCACUGACACUGCAGGGCUGCCCCGCCCCCGCCGCUCGCCGCAUCACGGAGGCCGCCCUCAGCAGCCCCGCCUGCCGCCUGGCAGCCAUCACCGUCUCCUCCCGCAUACCCAUCGCCGCACUCGCCGGCCGUCCAGCCUCCUCCCUUGCUGCAGCCUCCACGGCUUCCACGACCUCCACCUCCGCCGCGCAGCAGCAGCAGCAGAGCGGCUAUCGGCCGCAGCAGCAGCAGCCGCAGCCUCCCUCUGUCAUCUAUUUGGGGGCACCAGGCGGCGGCACAGCAGCAGCAGGUGGAGGAGGAGGUGGGGGUGGGGGUGCCGGUGGCAGGGCCGGUGCCUCCGUUGAGGAUACGCCGCUGUCGGACGAGGAUGCCGAGGUAGUGGCGGCGGCGUUGCGGGCGCGAGCAGCGGCACUGGCAACCGCAGCAACCGCAACCGCAGCAGGGGCAGAUGCAGGGGCAGGGGCGGCAGGAGCAGGGGCAGGGGCAGGGGCGGCAGGAGCUCCGCCGCCGCCGCCGCUGGAGGCGCUUUGGUUCCCUGCCGCCUGCAACCGGCGUCUGGGUGCGGGCGCGGUGGCGGUGCUGGUGGCGGCGUUGGAGGGGCUGCCGGGGCUGCGGGAGCUCAAUGGGGUGGACCUGCAGGCUGCGGCGGCAGCAGCGGGGGCCGGCGGCAGGGCCGGGGCGCAGCAGGAGGGAAGCGAGGAGGGCAGCAGCUGUGGCGGCGGCGGAGGGGUGUUGGACUUGAGUGACUCACGCUGCGGACCGCUGGUGCUGGCGCUGCUGCUGCGGCGGGUGAAGCCGCACCUGCCCUCCCUGCUCGCACUCAAUCUCACGGGCAGCGAGGUGGGGCCGGUGGGGGCGGCAUGCCUGCUGUCGGCAGCGCGCGAGGCGGCGGGCGCGGAGGAGGAGCACCCCUCGGCGGCCGGCGGCCCUGCUACUACUGCUGCUGCUACUACUGCUGGGGGCCGUAACAGCGGUGGUGUUGGUGGUGUCCGGAGGGGUUUAGCGGCGCUUGAGAUGGCCUGUCUGGCGGAUAACGGCUUUGGACCCAAGGGAGUGGCGGACGUGUUGGAAGCUCUGACGGCGGCCACUGGCAGCAGCAGCAGCAGCAGUGGAAGCCGCAUGGGGACCGGAGCAGCUGCUGCUGCUGCCUCUGCCGCUGCUGGCGCCCCCCGCUGUCGCGUGCUGGACCUGGCUCUCAACGGCAUGGGCGACGCGGGCUGCAAGGCGCUCUGCCGCUGCCUGCCGCUCCUAGCGCCCCGGCUGGAGGU